CUUUCUAUAGUAUUGUUAAUGUCAACAACAUAACAUUGUCAUCAAAUGUCAAUGUUAAUGUUGUGGAAUAUCGACAUAAAAUCAAACUCACAAUAAUUAGAGAGUUCAGGUUCAUAGGCCUAAUAAGUCGAAAUGGCUGAGUCAAGUCACCCUAAGAGUAAAAGACCAUCUGAUAGUGCAUUCAAGCAGCAGAAACUUCCCGCUUGGCAACCAAUUCUUACUGCAGGGACAGUUCUACCAACCUUCUUCAUCGUAGGGAUUACAUUUAUACCGAUUGGUAUCGGUCUCCUAUAUUUUUCUGAACAGGUUGGUGAAAGAGUCAUUGACUAUACUUACUGCACAAGCGUCAAGGCACCUAACGUAUCGUGUGCAGAUAUUGUCACAACUAACAACACCAAUGCUUCCUGUUCUUGUAGGAUACCAUUCUCAUUGGACACGACACUUGAGGGAACAGUUUACAUGUACUAUGGAUUGAAGAACUUCUAUCAAAAUCAUCGUCGCUAUGUUAAGUCUCGAGAUGACUUUCAGCUGCUUGGGCAGUUAAGUGAAUCUCCAUCUACAGAUUGUGAUCCAUUUCGCUUUGGAACAAACGGCAAACCUAUUGCACCUUGUGGAGCCAUCGCCAACUCCCUGUUCAGUGAUGAGAUAACCUUGUCCACCAAGGAGUCGAAGGAGGUUCCGCUACUGAGGACUAACAUCGCCUGGCCCUCGGACAAGCAGGUCAAGUUCCGCAACCCCCCAGUACCUUCGGGACAGCAGCUUAAGGAUGUAUUUAAAAACUUUGACAAGCCGAAGAUGUGGAAAAAGAAUAUCUGGGAGUUGGACCUGGAGAACGAAGACAACAAUGGAUUUCAAAAUGAAGACUUGAUCGUUUGGAUGCGGACAGCUGCUUUGCCAAACUUCCGCAAGUUGUACCGUCGUAUAGACCACAGUGUUCAGGGGUUCACCACAGGUCUGCCCAAAGGAAAUUACACUCUCAAUGUCCAAUACAACUAUCCAGUCGUUGGCUUUGAAGGGUCGAAGCAGGUUAUUCUCACCACAACAUCCAUUCUCGGAGGCAAGAACCCAUUCAUGGGCUGGGCAUACAUAGUUGUGGGCUGUAUCUGCUUUGUACUCGGCAUUGUGUUCCUCAUUAUACAUAUCAAGUAUGGAAAAAGUACCACGGAGGUGAUCAAUGUCAAUCCACACACAUCGUACCAGUAGUUGUUAGUGCCUUAUAAUACUUCUAGUCAAUGUUAUGUCAGAAAACUUGGGUCCUACCGACUUCUGUGCAUUUCCGUUAGAGCUUCAGAUUUUAUCUCUUUGUUGUGUUAGUGCAAAUCAAAAAGUAACUGUAAAGCUGUGCUAAGUACUUAAGGUUACUAAUCCGCAAUGCAGUCAUGAUGUUUGCUAAGUUCAUAGUAGGCUAUAAGGUUGAUUAUUUCAAAGUUAUUUUUAAAGGAUGUUUCACAAUAAUUUUUAAUUUUUCAAAAGACAUAUUUGUUAUCUCAACUUUUAUAGAAGUUAAAUGUGUUUGUAAUCAAGAAGUGUUAUAUUGGUAGGCCUAGAUAGUCAAGUUAUUUUAUUUGUCCAUCACUGAUUUGACUUGGGUUACGUUUUUAAGACUAACACUUAAAGGACUAAAGUCCUUAAAGCUGUACAAGUUAUUUGCAGUUAACGGAGUUAUGAUGCUUGCCUACCAUUGCCCUUUGGAUACUGGAAUUGACCGUCUAUUAAUAGUCAAAGUUACCAGGCUUAAAACUGGUCAUCAUCAGUACCCAUCCUCAAUAACAGUUAUUCUCUUGACGAGUCUCCUGCUGGUUCUUAGUUGCUAACUUAUUUGUUUGUUUUACAUUUUUGUGGAUAAAAGAAUAAAAAAUAGUUUCAAACAAUAUUGCAAUUUUUAAUGUGGCAGCCAAGUAUUAUAAUAACCUAUAUCAAAUUUAAAGAAAUCACCAGCUAAUAUACUUUUUGUUUGACACGUUUUAAUUUUUAACAGUAAAACUAUCAAUAGUUUUGGGUACCCCUAUCAUUGUUGGUCGUGAUAAAUAAAAGAUUUUGAUAAAUGUUAACCCGAAUUAAUUUUAACAAUGAUUGUUGAAUAUAUACUGCUUAUUGUUCCUAUUUAGUUAUAAGUUCUUACAUAUUACUUUUAUAUACAUAGAUUACUUCAUGAGUUAUGUAUUAUAUGUGUUUUUAUUUUAUUUCCAAAUAAAAUGUAAUCCUUAGGAAA